AUGGACAAGUUUUCUGAAAAUCUUAGAAUUUUACGAUUUCUCACAAGCAAAAUUGUCAAGGGCGAAAGGGAAAAUUCCCGAAUUACAUUUGAAGAAAAAUGCUUGCGAUUUUUCAGAAAAUACGCCACUUCCGACGAUCCUAGGAUAAUUGAUACGCAAGGGAUGAAAGAUUUGAUUGGAGAUUUCAACGCGUUAGAGAAAUCGAAAUACAUCAAUCAAUUAAUGAACGCUUGGAAAGAAAUAGUCAGAGAGAAAGGAUUUUUAAUCUUAGACGAAGAUUGGAUACAAGGAUUGAGACAAUUGAAAGAAAUUAUCAACAUCAAAUUACAAGAGUUUUUAGACGAGUUGAUUAAUAUGAAUGAUCUCGACGACAUGGCAUCGUUGUUCGUAUUUGACGCAACUCAGAUACUUAAGAAACCAUCGAAGAAUGGCAAUGACAUAAAAUUUCUACAAAUAUUGUUUAGGGAAUGCUCCAUAUUGAAAGAUUUGCACAAGGAUGCCACGUUCAAAAAUACUUUUAAUGGAGUCUGCGAUCCUCGACUCGGUAAUAUCUUUCCCGACGGUGCUAUCAAUCCCAAUGUUUUAGAGAAAUUUGCUAAAAUAGUGAACUUUUCCUUGGCAAAAAAGAAAAUGUGA